AUGGCUCGACACUCUUCUCUGCGGGAGGGCAAGGCCAACCCCAACGCGGUGCCGCCUGAGCUUCGAGAUGCCGACUACGUCCACGAGGUCCUGAAUGCCUGCGACGGCACGACCGAGGCAGAUAUGGAACAGCGGCUGUUGGCCAAGGCAGCUGCUCUUGGGAUUGAAACGUCGGGACAAGCAAACGCCGGGCCGGAGCAGGAAACGCAUAUGGGGAGCUCGCUGGAUACACCGAACUUACCACGUGCUCUGGCGGGAUCCGCGGAUUCGGACGGAGCGGCAGACGACGGGACCGAACCGCAGACGUCGGAUCACACGACAGCAACCCAUGCGGCGCCGGCAGAGACCUCGGCGAGAAGGAGGUCCAAAAGCCUCAGUUUCUCCCUGUACGAGCAGUAUAUCAGCCAGGUUGAUCCUGCCAUUGCCCAACCCAAAUUCCUAAGGCCGGCCAACGACAGGUCCGAGUGGUCAGCAGGCGUCGUGGUGAGGUCAGCAACCAGAAAGGGAGUCCGGAGUUUUACCAAAAGUAUAGCGGCGAAGCUGAGGAGGAAGCGGCCCACCGCAAACCUGCCCAUGCCUUGUGUAUGCUGCCAAGAAGACUUCCUAGCCGGUAACAGUGCCCUCCACACGCUGCCAUGCGGCCACCUCUACUGCCGCGACUGUCUGGCGGUCAUGGUCGAUCAAUCCAUCACGGACGAGUCCCGGAUGCCGCCUCGGUGCUGCACCCAGCCCAUCCCGAGCGCCAUCAUCAAAACGGUCCUCCCGCGCGAGAAACAACACCUGUUUCUCAAGGCAGUGGUUCAGUACAGCACGCCCUGGGAGGCUCGGAUCUUCUGCCCGAACACCAGUUGUGGCGAGUUCAUCCCGCCGGCCGACCGGGUCGACCCCAAACGCCCGUUCGAGGCGCUCUGCAAGACCUGCAAGACGCGCGCCUGCGUCAUGUGCAAGCGCAACGCCCACCAGCUCGGGCAGGACUGCCCGGAGGACUUUGAGUCCAACGCCGUGCUCAAGUUGGGCGAGAGCUCGGGCUGGCGUCGCUGCUACAAGUGCCGCGCGCUCGUCGAGCUGGCGCACGGCUGCACCCACAUCACGUGUCGGUGCAAGGCCCAGUUCUGCUAUAUCUGCGGCGCCGUCUGGGACCCGGACGUCGGGUGUCCCAACUUCUGCAACGGCGAGGAGGAGCUCGAGCGCCGGCGCGUCGAGGAGGAGGCGCGGCUUGCCGAGCUCGAGGCUGAGAAGCUCGCCGCGGAAAAGGCCGCGCUGGCGGAGGAGACGGCGCGGCGGGAGGCCGAGAAGCGGACGCUGGAGAGUAGCGAGUUCCGGUCGCUGAGGGAGCAGUUCGAGGCCGAGAUGGCGCGGUUUAGCAAGUAUGAGCUGAAGGCGCGGGACGCCAUGCGCUCGCGGCAGCUCGCCCGCAAGCGGGCGCUCGUUGACCGGUUCGCCGACGCCAUCGACAGGAUGCGCGAGCGCCACGCCAAGACGGAACAGCACCUUGAAGACCGCCAGGUCAUGGCCGAGAUUGAGCUGGCGGCGGGGCUGGCCGAGAAGGAGAAGAAGGUGCGCAUCAAGCUCAAGUACAUGGAGGACUACUGCAGCGGCAAGACAUCUUCUGGCGGCGGCAACAGCGGCGGGGGGGAUAGCAGCAGCGACGCCAUGAUGAUGAUGAUGAUGCCGCGGAGGCGGGUCACGGACCGCGACCGGGAGCAGCUGCGGCAGCAGUACUGCGUGCGCGACGGCAUGGAGCGGCGGCACCAGAGCCUGAUCCAUGGGUUGCGCGAGAAGCAGGUGAAGAGCAUGGAGGAGCUGGUGGGGCGGCACGCGAGGGAGAUGGAGGCGCUCGUGGACCGGCGCGCCGAGGAGGUGGAGGACCUCGCCGUCGAGUUUGCCAACGAGGCCGAGGUGCUCGUGCAGCGGUUUGCCGAGCGCCGGGCCAAGCUCCUCCGGAGGUGGGCGCUGGCGGCGGAGAUCUUGAAGGUCGAACUCGAGAGGAGGGAGGGGAAGCCGUUUGCCGCUAUGGAAUUGCCUCCUUGGCCUGAACCUCAAUCAGAACUGGAGGAGGUGGAUGGCGAGGCGAUGAAGGGGAUUGUUGCUACUGUGCAGGAUGCGGCUGUCGUUGUCGAAAUCGCGUCUUAG